CUCAGGGAGCAGUUGAGCACUUAGCCACGGCAGCACCGGGCUCCCUGUGAAAACAACCCACUGUUAAACGUCUUCAUCUGCAGUUCCUUAAAGGGCCUCAGGGAGACUGCGGUGGUGCCCGUGAAUAUUUCAGCCUGUGGCCUCACUUGCCUCGGGCCCUCUGUCAGUCUUCUCCAUCCUGUCCUUUGUAACUUGAUUCAGGAGCGCCUGGGUCCUGGUGUCAGUCCUCCUGGAUUUGAAUCUCUGGGAGCCCACAACUAUAAAGGGAGAAGGGUGACCACCUCUUUUGGGAGCCCGGCACUCUCGCGUGUUGUGAUGGGGAGUGUGAAAUUGAUCCCCACCCCACCGGAGGACUGCUUGGCAACGAGCUGAAGACCCGGGCCCUGACGGGGAACGGCUCGAUGGCCCUGGGUGAAGAGAAGGCCGAGGGGGAGGCUUCCUCCAAGGCCAAGACCUGGCCCUACGGGCAGUGGAGCUGCAGGGAGCAGGACAUGGGCUCUCUGGGGCCAGUGAGCGGGGAGCAGCCCCCACGCCUGGAGGCCGAGGGAGGACCUGCCUCCCCAGGGUGGCCGGCAGAGGGGUCGCAGGCCCCGACCUGCUGGGCCAAUGCCGACCCUGGCGGCCCCACGGGAACCCUCCUGCUUCAGGGUAGCUGCGCCAGCAAAGAGUCAGCAGCUGGUGGGUCUAAGCCUGCCCCUAGCAUGCGGCCUGGGCACUUUCUGCACUCCGUCGGAGGCCAGUUGGAGGAGACCAAGGUCUCUGCCCUUGGGGAGCUACCCCAGGCUCGCAACGUCCCCAGAUCCACGGUGCCCUGCUCAGGACGUGAUGCCGAUACCAACGAUGACCCUUCCGCAGUGGAGUCCCCCCGGGCGCUAGACCUCAGCACGCAGACUCACCUCUCAGGCUUCCCUGUCUCGUCAGGGUGGGCACCCGGGCCAAGCCCCGGGACCACUGCCCCCCAGCUUUCCAGCCACAGCCCUCUCUCCACCUCGUCCCCGAGCCCCAGUCUGCAGAGUGGCCAAGAGAAGGCAGAGCCUCCUGUGAGUGGCUCUCCCGCACAGGCCUCGGCCUCCCUGGAGCUGGCCGUCCCCCAGUCACCCCCGCCUGCGGUGGGGCCAGGGCCUCCGCGUCACUGGUCACCACAACCCAUGUCCUCUGCAGGAGGUGCUGCCGAGCUGGGCAGGCGGCGCCUCUCCUUCCAGGCUGAGUACUGGGCCUGUGCACUGCCAGGCUCCCUGCCUCCCUCCCCUGACCGCCGCUCCCCCCUCUGGAACCCCAACAAAGAGUACGAGGACCUGCUUGACUACACAUAUCCCCUGAGGCCCCCACAGCACCUCGACAGCCACAUGCUGACUGACCCUGUGCUGCAGGACUCCGGGGUAGACCUCGAUAGCUUCUCUGUCUCCCCUGCAAGUACCCUGAAGUCACCUACACAUGCUGCUUACAGCCGCCCACCUGCAGGGGCCUCGGCCCUGCUGCUCUCCGGGCCCCAGGAACCAAGCCUUAGGUGCUGGCCCUCUGAGGUGUCCCCAAAGGCAGGCAGCGUGGGGCUGCCAUCUUGUGGCCAUCUUGCAUCCACCCCCAGAGCCCCAGGCAGGAGGGCUGCUCCCUGGCCAAGCAGCGCACCAGCCUUGAGGGUCACCCAGCCCGAGGGGGGCUCACCCACACUGAGGACACGGGGCGGAGUGUGGCCCUCCUUGCCAGACAGGGCACAGGGCGCCGGCCCGGACGUCCCGAGCACCCCCCGCGUGGUGCCUGCUUGCAGAGCCGAAGAGGAGCUGGACGGAGACGAUGAGUUUCUGGCCCUGCCCUCUCGGCUGACUCAGGUGUCUGGCUUGGCUGCCUAUCUUGGUUCCUUUCCCACCUUGGCGCCCCUGGCCCCAGGGGUAGCUGAAGGACAGAGCUCCUUGGACAUCUCGGACAGUGAUGGGACAGCUUCCCUCCCUUCACACUCCAGCCACAGCCAGCUUCCCUCCGGGGCUGUGGCCCCAGGAGCCCGGGACUCGGGUUCCCAUCACCAUGGCUUCCUGCACCCUGUGACCCGGGCCCGCCGAGAGACCGCAGGGAAGGGCAGUCUGCUGAGCAGCCUGGCCCCGGGGGUGCCCUCUGGACAGCUGAGAUCUCGCCCCUCCUGCCAGAGUAGGCUGGACCGGCCGGCGUUCUUACUUUGGGAUGCCGCCGGGCGGCAGCCGGGGGAAGAAGGCGAGCAGGGAGAAGCAUCGCUUAUGCAGUGUGUGAAGACCUUUUGCUGCCAGCUGGAAGAGCUGACCCACUGGCUGUACAACGUCGCAGGCCUGACCGACCUCUCGACGCCGUGCCAGCCCAGCCUGACGGGCCUCAGGUCCUCGCUCCAGCUCUACCGGCAAUUUAAGAACAACAUUGAUGAGCAUCAGUUCCUGACUGAGCGCGUCUUACAGAAGGGGGAGCUGCUGCUUCAGUGCCUGUUGGAUAGCACUCCAGUGUUAAAGGACGUCCUGGUGAGGAUCGCCGAGCAGCCUGGCGAGUUGGAGCGCCACGCCAACCAUGUGUACGACUCCAUCUUGGCCUCCCUGGACAUGCUAGCUGGCUGCACCCUCAUCCCCGACUGUAAGCCGACAGCAAAAGAGCGCCAAUGGGAAAGGGUUUAAGCAGGCACCUUCCCCGCCACUGAGUUGUAAUUUGUCAGCCAAAACCUGACUGAUGGGGAAAUGCACUUUCACGAAGCCCUUCCUCGCAAGAGCUAUUUCAAGCUUCCAACGUUAAGACGCUUUUCUCUUCCAUGAAGUAAGGACUAUUGAGUUCUGGUUUUUAUUUAAAACUAAGGUUUUUCUUUGGUGCUUCUCCCCCAAAGAGCAUGUGUGGCUUUCUCCAGGCUGGGCCAUUAUAAGGCUUACCUUCCUCCCCUCUUCUCCAGACAGAGCCUUGAGCGGUUCCACCUGCCUGCUGAGGUGACUCAUGGCUCAGAGGGGGAAGAAGUGGCCUUGCUCAGUAGUCUUACACAGGAGGGUUCAAGAGACUGAAAAACUAGGUAGUGGUUGGCCACACGGGCUUCGAUUUUUUUGUAAAAAACAAAGCUAGGUUAUUUUUAAAUCCCUCUUAAGAUUUAGGAUAAACUUCAACCCUUAUUCUGCAAAUUGCAGGGAGGGAUCGGGGAGGCAGGGAGAUAGGUGAAUAACCCCUAAAAAUUCUGAAGUAUUACGGUGACACCUCUUGUCAUAGGUCAAAGCUUAAGGCUCCGUCUUCACAGCAUUUGAAAAGGACAGGAGUGCCAGGGCUAUGGCGGGACUGCUGAGAAGGUUACUUCUGGGAGGUUUUAUCCCUCCACGCCUAUCUCCACCCCACAGGGUGACAACUGGUGGGGGAAGGGAUGGGAUCACUUGGUCUGGUUAGUCCAGGGAAAGACGGAAUUCUGUCUUGCUAGGGAGUUGGGCAGUUAGGUACCACGAGUGGGUGGGGAUAUGGAUUAACCAUUUAAACCACCAAUACUAUGACUUUUUAGAGCAAAAUGAUGAGUUAACUGCAGAUUCUACACAAACAAAAGCACUUUCCCCUAAAAAUUUCAAUUUUGGCCAUGAAUGAACAAAUAAGGAAAAACCACAUUUUUCCACUUAUAUUCUUAGUUUAGAUCUAGUAUAAGGCUAAGACUCAAGGUCUGUCCCCCCCUAAAAAAAAAAAAAAGUCAAAGCCAAAAUGGCAUUAAAGUGAAGAAGCAAUUCCUACUCAUAUGGGGAAAGUUUGAGAGUUCGCAGCCCCCCUCGCUAAAGCCUACAAAAUCGUGACACUUCACAAAGUCGGUGCAAAACAAUUGAGAAAUAAUGCAAUUUUCCCAAGUGGUUUUAGACACCCUUCCCAGAGGCUGGGCAAAGCUCUGGUGGUGUGAUGCUGAGACUCCGAGUGUAGUUCCCAGGGAAGAGCUUGGUGAAGCUGCUCUCACAGCCCAGUGCUUGGCCUCUUUUAACAGGUGUUCUGCAACACCAACACACAACUAAUUCUACUCUUCGCUCUUUAUCUUAAAAGCAACGAUGUUCAUCAAGAAUGGGUACUAAUGUUGGUCUUUCGAAUUAAUGCAAACUUUGAAAAAGCACAAAUGAGGGUGCAAUUUAUAAGUUUGGGGAGCCACAAAAUUUUAUCACAUCUACGUCCAUAUUUAAAGUUCUAUUGUCAAGUGCUAUUUUCUGUUUCAAAAGUUUUAUAUUUCAGUCACUGGAAAAUGAGCCAUUAAAUUCUAGUACUUAAAAAUCAGCGAUAAAGGGAAACUACGUAAAAUUUAAUAGGACAGAGUAUUUCAAGUACCUGCUGCGUCUGCUGUGGAGCUGUAGUUUAUUUACCAUUAUGCUAAAUUAUCUGUGCUGCCACUUCCAGGCUAACCUUCAGUUUCAUACACAGCAGGACUUAAAAACAUUGCUUACGUAAAAUAUUCUUCAAAAACCCAAGAUGGGUUAAAAAGGCAGGCAUGUCCACUAAUGGCCUGUUUUAAAAAUGGAUACAGUGAGCAAAAUGCCUUGCCGUCCUUGGCAGUUAGACCCGGUUAUUUACUAUAGAAAGACAGGUACAGAAAGGAGUCCCGUGGCUGGUGUAUAAAUUCACGAACGCAGACUACAGUUUUCUGUUUUCACACAAAUUAGUUACAGUCAACUUCAACUGAUAGAAAAGAGGUCACUCCAAAAUAAUUCUGACAAAGUGCGGCCUUAAAGACUAUCACAGAUAUUUUUGUUCCUCCCCUUGAAAUAAGGUGUGACUAAAGAGUGCCAAUUUGGGUCUGGCUGUGAAUGCGCUUCACCACAGCUCAAAGAUGUUAAGACCUCCCCUUGAAUGCACAUGCUGCAAUGGUUUCUGCCUCAACGCUGCAUGGUGAUUAUUUCCACGAGCAGCCAUGCAAGGCAGCUAGACAACUGUGGCUUUACUUCAGAAGUAGGUGAUAUAACACCAAGUUUAUCCCCAGGAAUAAAAUUUUAGUAGUUACUUAAAAUUAAUUUGGUUUAGGAAGUGGCUGGGCUGGAGACUCAGAUCUUUGUUGCAGCUCCAGGCCUGAGCUCAUCUGCAAACGGAAGUCUGUGAGGCACAAAGAGAAGAGCUGGCUGUGGGCUCAAGGGAACGCGGACUUCCUGCUCUGAACAGGAUAGCCCUCUAGGGUGUCCACAGGGCGAGGUCUCUAACUUAGUCUUUUUUAAAGUGAACAGAUUAAAACCCACAGUAGUUUGGGAGUUUACAUUAAUAGGAUUAUCACAGUAGAAACAAGCAUGCUCAAACACCCUGUGGCCAGCCCCCAUCUUGAAUGCCAUGGGGGAAAGAGCAGGUUUUUCAAAAUGUAUAAAUAAGCUUACCUCUUACAUGUUUUUUUGCUAACUCACCGAGCUGCUGGUGUAAACUAGUUGCUGUAUAAAACUGCAGUGCAUGACAUCCCACCUUAACAUUUGUGUCUGUAAGCUUGUUCAGAAAAUUGUUCACGGAUUUUACCCCUGUGUAUUACUUAAGGUAAAUCUAAAAACAGACAAAACAAAACCCAAACUUUGAAACAUUAAAGGUUUUUUCCCAAAUGAUUGUCAGGAAUUUGUCAGUUGCCUUAUGUGAGGAUGAAUAGAUCCAACAAGCACGUCUAUAAUACAAAGUAAACUAUGAUUUUAUUGUGAAACUCUCAGAUGGAAAAUUAAAUGGAAUAUUCUGUCCAUUUCAUUUUACAAUAAUCUUACCACUUAUUUUUGUACCAUGUAUUUCAAUUGCCUGUUCAGUGAAAAAUAAACCUCUCGUUUUUGGCUUGUU